AUGAGCCGUCACAAUCGUCGUCGCACGAGGGGCGAGCACAAGGCCUCUGCUUCUUGCCAGUACGACGGUUUCGAGCUGCCCUCUUCUGCCGAUCCGUCGGAUACCAAGCCCCCAGCUGUAAGACAUCCUCGGCGGAACGAUCUUUCCGCAAAACACUGGCAUAAUAGAUAUCUUGCAUGGCAAGCCAGGGAAAGAAAGCAUAAAGAUGAGUGCGAGAGACUGAUGGAAGAGCGGAAGAGGAUCUUUGGUGGAGAUGGUAAUGAGGAGGAGGACGACGAAAGAGGCGCACGUUUCAAAAGUGAUGUUACGAGCAGUCAAGCGACGGGCGAAGUAUGCACAUUUUCGAAAGGGACGGGCAGAAUUUUCCCACUGCGGUUCGUGAUAAGCAACUUUGCAAUCGAGACUUCCGACCAGAGGCGAAGGGCAAAGAGGUACGACUUGCAGCAAAUGAAAGCACCUCGACUCGCAGCUCGGCGGGGCAGGGGACCAGGUGCUGGAAUGGUCCAACAGAACCUUAGACCUUCGAAUCUAGAUGGUCAUGUGCGCAGGCGGAGGACACAGGGCAACAUUGUGACGGCGGCCGGUGCUCGCGAUGUUGCCUUAAAGGAGGCAUCGCUAGAGCUCGCUGCAGCCGAUGCAUGCAAAUGGAGACGUGCACGGAGGAACAUAGAUUAG